GAGGUGUUCGUCUUCCAUAUACUUCUUCUGUACAAGAGGAUAAUGGAAAGAGAAUUAGUUGAAGAUAUUGUGAUUGUGGGCGCUGGAAUUGCAGGCGUCACAACUUCAUUAGGUCUUCAUAGAUUGGGUAUUCGAAGUUUGGUGUUGGAAUCUUCGGAUACUUUGAGGGUCACUGGCUUUUCUUUGUCCUUGUGGCAAAAUGCUUGGAAGGCUUUGGAUGCUGUCGGUGUUGGAGACAAACUCCGCCGCAACCAUCAACGACUUCAUGGGAUUGUCACCACUUCACUGGUUACUGGGAAACAAAUAGUAGCCAAGUCUUUCAAAUCCACAGAAAGCCAAGAAGGUAUUGAAAUUCGUUGUGUUCAAAGAACAAAAGUGUUGGAAGUCCUUGUGAAUGAGCUUCCAAAAGAAACCAUCAGAUAUUCCUCAAAAGUUGUUGGUUUUGAGGAAUCUGGUUUCUAUAAGAUACUCCAUCUUGCUGACGGGACAACCAUCAAAACCAAGGUGUUGAUUGGGUGUGAUGGAGUGAACUCCCUGGUGGCAAAAUGGCUAGGCUUCAAGGAGCCGUCUUUUACUGGGAGAUUUGCAAUCAGGGGUUUUGCACAGUUCGAGACCAACCAUGGAUUGGAGCUGAGGUUCAUGCAGUUUUUUGGCAAUGGUGUUCGAGUUGGUGUUGUUCCUUGUAAUGAAAAACAGGUCCACUGGUUUUUCACUUGUAUACCCUCCAGCCAAGAGCUAAAGGAGCUGAAAGAGGAUCGUGCUAAAUUGAAACCAUUUGUGUUAAAAAAUCUUGAGAACAUGCCGAGUGCUGUUAGAGCCUGCAUAGAAAUAACAGAUGCAGAUGGUUUUCUAUCGUAUGCACUGAGAUAUAGACAAACAUGGGAUCUGAUGAUGGGGAAUAUUAGUAAGGGCNAUGUCAUCGUCAUUAAAUAA